CAAACACCGAAUCGGCAUUUGCGGACGUCACGGAGAUCCACUCCGACCUGCCUUUAGCUUAGCCUCUCAAACUCUUCCUUUAUUCAACUAGAUUUGAUUUGGAUCGCGUCAGAUCCCGUUGUAAUUAGGAAGUUAGCGAGUGUUACUCCGGAUAGACAGUUGCGAAGGCUGACUGUUUAUCCGACAGCCUUAUAAAGCUCUGUGUUUAGUGAUAAGGAGUGAAUUUCACGUGUUAGCUCGAGCUGAUCUUCAGUUAGAAACAGCAGUCAUGGGCUCCAGAGCUUCAUCUUUACUCAGAGAAGAGGACAUUGAAGAAAUCAAGAAAGAAACUGGAUUCUCCCACAGUCAGAUCACUCGCCUCUACAGCCGCUUUCACAGUCUUGAUAAAGGAGAGAAUGGAGCACUCAGCCGAGAAGACUUCCAGAGGAUUCCCGAGUUGGCCAUAAAUCCUCUUGGUGAUCGGAUAAUUAAUGCCUUCUUCCCAGAGGGUGAGGAUCAGGUGAACUUUAGAGGCUUCAUGAGGACUCUGGCUCACUUCCGUCCUGUGGAGGACAACGAGAAAAACAAAGACCUGACAUCUGGAGAGCCUCUCAACAGCAGGACCAACAAACUCCUCUUCGCUUUCCGGUUAUACGACCUCGACAGAGACGACAAGAUUUCCAGAGACGAGCUGCUACAGGUGCUGAGAAUGAUGGUGGGAGUGAAUAUUUCUGAUGAGCAGCUUGGAAGCAUUGCAGACAGAACCAUCCAGGAGGCUGACACUAAUGGAGACAUGUGCAUCUCUUUCAAUGAGUUCACCAAGGUGUUGGAAAAAGUGGACGUCGAACAAAAGAUGAGCAUACGCUUCCUUCACUGAAGACCAAACGCGUUCUGAACUCUUGAGUGGAGACAAUUUGUGUCAAUAUAGAUAAGACACGACCCCAAUUCUUUUUUUUUUGUGGGCCGAUUCGUGCUUGAUAAACAUGAUUGCGUUGUCCUGGUUAGUUCUAUUCCAAUCAUCUGUCACUCUUGAGUUGCUGUUGCACUAGAUGGACGGCAUGUCCUGGUGCCUUCACUGUUCUCAAAAGUCACUGCGGCUUUUUUCUCAUGUAUUAAAAUAUUUAUUCUAGCUGUGGAACCAACAGUUUAAAACUUCCCAGAUGGGGAAGCUGUCAUUGAUAUUGAGAUUGAUGGUGUUUUUCAUCACCAUCCUAAAGGCCAAAUCUGAUGCUUCUGUAAUAAAGAAAUGAGUUUGAGAUUCUA